AUGGGCCACGGCAAAUCGGAUCGACCCUUCCUUAGCGCCGCCGAGCACUCUGGCGUCUACGGCGCCCACUCGGCCUCGUCUGGUAAAGCUGGCGCACUGGAACAAGCCAGCUUCCAUCCUGUUUCAUAUGACUGCUGCGCCAUCUCGUUCCAACCAUGGUCUGUCCCCGUCUGCUCGCCAGACUGCGGUAUCGCAUUCGAGCUCACCAACCUCAUCCCCUUUCUGCGCAAAUUUUCUUCGGUCCACCCAGUCACGGGUAAACGGUUUGAUUUGGACAAUGUUGUUCGCUUGAACCUGCACAAGAAUCAACAUGGCAGGUUCCACGAUCCUGUCUCGUUCAAGGAAUUCGGUCAGCACUCACAUCUCGUUGCUAUUCGGCAGAGUGGCAACGUGUUUCUAUGGGACACUGUACAGAGGCUCAAUCUCAAGCCAAAGUACAUGAAGGACUUGGUCACAGAUCAAGCUUUUACAAAAAGCGACAUCAUCACGGUGCAGGAUCCGGAGCAUCCAGAGCACCGCAAUCCGAGUGAGAUGCAUCAUGUCAAGAAUGCAUUAAAGCUGACGCAGGCGGACAAGGGCAUCGAUAGCUCGCAACAGAUCAACAUGGGUGCAAUCGGAAGCACACACAAGCUGCUCAGUACGCUUCGAGAAACCACACAACCCGAUAUGCACACCGCAUCGGCAUCAUCCUCGACGUCCGCAUCCAAGCACACCACCACUGCCUACUCGCGCAACAAAGCUUCCGGCAGCUCGACCGGUAUGACGGCGGCCAGUUUCACCUCGUCGUCGCUCACCCCGCGCACCGCGAUCGAACGCGUUAUCCUAGACGACGAAGAAGUCAUGUUCUCACAUAUCAAAUCGCGCCCCUCUUCCAAGGCCUACGUCCGCCUCUCGACCAACUUUGGAGCGCUGAAUCUCGAACUUCACUGCGGCAAAGCGCCCAAAACAUGCUUCAACUUUCUCCAGCUUUGCAAACACGGCAAAUACGACGACACGCUAUUCCAUCGCAACAUUCCCGGCUUCAUGAUCCAAGGUGGUGAUCCCACAGGAACCGGUCGUGGCGGAUCCAGCAUUUGGAAUUCCAACUUCAGAGACGAAUUCAACGAGCCGGGCGCUUUCAAACACGACACGCGCGGAGUACUGAGCAUGGCAAACAAGGGGAAGGAUACGAAUGCCAGUCAAUUUUUCAUCACGUAUAGAGGCGUACCGCAUCUGGAUGGCAAGCAUACCGUCUUUGGUCGACUCGUGGACGGCGACAAGGAUGCGACGUUGACAAAGAUGGAGCAGGUUCCAAGUGAACAAGGUACAGAUCGUCCGUUGAAAAAGAUACAAAUACAGGACGUGUUGGUUACCGAGGAUCCGUUUGAACAGUAUCAGUUGAGACAGAAGCAGAGUGCGAAAGCCAACGAUCCCACCGAUCCCGAGUACCAGAGGAGGAUGGAAAAAAGAAAGCGGAGGCAAAACGAUAGGACCACUUGGCUGGGCACCGAAUUGCCAACCAACCAUCCAGAGGCUCAACAAAAACAAAGCGAAACCAAGAUCGACAAUCUACUGGUCGGGUCUUGGAGCGUCGGAAAGUAUCUCAAUUCGACGGGUCGACCGAGGACAAAGACGAUACAAGCGCAUCCGGCUCGCAAAGAGCAUGACGAGAGCGCGGCCAAGAAGACAAAGACCAACACCAACGCCAUCGCCAUCGCCAACGCCAACGCCAACGCCAACGCCGGAUUUGGCGAUUUCUCUGCAUGGUAA